AUGCUCACUUUAACCGGGUACAUCCCCAACUCCAUCGUGAGAGCUGGUUGCGCGGGAGCCGGUCGACAAUGUCUAUCAAGGCCCGCCUUGGCCCUCUUGACAGUCCGGAAGUUCAGCUCCAGCCAUGUGAAUAAUCAAUGGCAAGCGCUGACUUGGGCUACACAGCAACCUGACCAUGUGACACCAGACGAUAUUACUACCUCCUACACUCACCUCCGUACCUCGUCGAAACAAUCCCCUGUUGUGCCAAUUCUCUUCGUGUCCCCAGAAUUUACGGCGUGGACGGAACCAACGGGCCCUCUUCUUUCACAAUGGGCGACCCCGCUAUUCAAUCAGAUCCAUGGAGGCGAUGCCCCGGAUGUUGUCUAUACAAUUGCGGCUGUAGUCGACAAAAUCUCCAGCAACAGUGGCGGGAAUACAACAGCUACGGAAGGUUUGUCACUGCUCUUGGCCGAUAGCUCUUGCAUAACCGCUUCAAUUGCGACGCCCACGCGUUUGAAGAGCAACACCUCUGAGGAACCAGCGUUCUUUCUGUCAGCCAAAAACAACGAUAGUCACAACAGCGCUCAAUAUCACGAAAUUGGCCUCCGUCUCGCCCAAACCGUAUUUCGAAACGGAAGGGACAGAACUCUGCUAGGAAUGCGAUGGACUCGAGACGACUCGAACAGUUACUUCCUAGAUAGCUACCACGACCUUUCGUCUUGCUCUGUGGCAGCUCCAGUCCGUGAGGCACACUGCGCCGUCAACAUCCCCUUUCACCCUGUGACACAACGUCGACGAGUCAUUUCAAGCAUGGGAAACAUUGUACGACAAGUCUCCAAAUCCACAACCGAUGAUGGUGAUCUUAGUGCAGCUAUUCCUGCCUCCUCUGAGUUGGAGAAAGAACUUCCCAGAUACGUUAGCGAACGCGGGAUUCCACAUCAAAGAGUGGCAGUAUGGGCGCUAGUCGAGCCACCAACCGCGUCUUCGACCCAUACCACUCAGGAGGACAUUCAGAGCUCAUUAUCCAAAGGAAGCAAGAUUCAUCGUGUGGUUAGCGGAGGUGGCGGCUGGGGUAAGAAGCAAGGCCUACUAUCAUUAGACCCAGAAGCGACUUUCGCAGCUGGAAGUCGAAAUUCUCGCGAAGCAUCGCUGGAUCUGGUAUUCACUUCGUCUUCGGAAACCGAGCCGGCCUUCACAAACGACCUUCCAGACUUUCUUGAGGGGCUUUGCCUUGAAGAGAACAUUGCUCAAUUAACACAGGUAGCAUCACCUGGAGAUUAUAUCCAAUUCUUCGUGACCCCCGAAGACGACUUAAAAUUUAAGGUUGAGUCUACGCCAGGCGCUCUUAGGUACUCAUUUGGAGUAGACGCUCCCGAAGAUUUGAAGGAAACAUCUUCCACGACUUUGAAAGGCAUGGCCGUGAUCCACGACCAUUUUGGCGCCAUCUCAGAAUCAGCGAUAAGCUAUUCGCAGAAAGACUCGUCACAGGCAUCAAAAUGUGAGACCAAGAUUUCUGUGCCAGGGUCGAGGAUUGCUUUGUCGGUUGCAUGA